CUCAACAUUGCGGUUGGGGUUAGUCUCAUGUGGAAAACCGGCGCUGGUGGGGCAAGCAUUAGUUCAGGGAUCGGAUAUUACGCCGUGGUGGAUAAGAACCGCUCUCCGGCAUUCCGCAUCACUCAGAUAAUGGGGAAGGCCAAUUGGGCCUUUUCCUCACGUCAAGAUACCGACGCGUCAUAUUCAGAAGCACAAGCGAAUUGCCGCCAGAUUAUACGCGCUGGAACAAAGAAGAUACAACAAAUUUUCGCCAAUAAGGCUUCCUCUCCCACAGAUGUGUGUGACGAUGGUACAUCAUUAAUUGAAGGAUAUAUUCAAAACUCCAUAAGUCAAUUGGCACGAACCUUUAAACAAAUUAAUAAUCUCGUAUAAGUAUUACCACCAUGGUGCACUAGAUUUGGGUAGACGGACAGUCAUGAUCGACCAUGCCCUCCUAUCAACUUUACUUCAAGCUAAGUGGACGCGCUACGUCGGUGGCCCGACGAUGUGUUCGACCAGAACUGCUUUGGCUCUAUGUAUAAGCUCUAUGGAUUCUCAGUUAAACAACACGCAUGACAUAGAUUCCGUCAUGACAUUCGUCGAGAAACAGCCAGAAAACCACAUUUGCCCAACCAAUUGGAUGUUUAUGUUAGAUCUUCGUGCUCGAAGAUUACUCUUUGAAAGAGAAAACGUUGCAGGGGCAUUCGGCCUUGAUAAUGCCCUCUUCACGGCUCUGCUGAGAAGGAACGAAUCGAUGCUGAAGCGUAUACUACCAAAACUGUCAAAUUCGCCCGAUUCCUUCGUGUCUAACGGAAUAUCGGCGGCCCACAUUGCUGUUUUCUGGCCGGAGGGUUUGAAGACUCUCACUGAGGCUCAAUCGAAUAUUGACAUGAAUGGAGAAUGCUGUCAACAUAUAUCAAUACAUCUCUCGCCAAUCGAAUUAGCGCUAGGAGCAAGCCAGGAAAUUUGCAAUGCACGCAAUACUCUACGCCAAGACUGCCCCUGCGCUGAAUCGGUAGAGAUCUUGUUGAAUGCCGGGUGCCAGCUAGUCAAGAGCUAUUGGGCUGGUCUUAACAACCAAUUUCCACCGUCCAAGAGGGCUAUCUACGUUUUAUUGAACCAUAUCAAAUUAUGGCGGGAGAAGCUGAAGAAUAUAGCCGAGCGGGAACUAACCGAGGAGGAAAGACAUCAGCUUGGUAUCCACAGUUCCAUCGUCUUAGACAAUACCGCGCCAAAAGUAAUCAGAAAACUCCAGGCCAAAGGCAUCUGCCCUUCCGGUGAGUUUCAACUCGACCCACAUGAUUAUCGCCUUUCCCCUCAACCCAACAAGCCUGGGCUGGAUCCAAUUUAUCAUCAAAUGCGGCUAUGUUUAUCAGCUCAGGUAGCAUUUGACCUCGGAUUUAGAGACGUCGAUGCAUUCUAUGAGCGUAAGACGCCAAUAAUGAUCUACACUCGAUACCUUCAAUACGGCAAGUGGCUAUUAGACCAUGGAGCGAGUGCUAAUAAUCUUGUUCCUUGGGAUGAUGACCCUUGUCUGGCUCAAAUUGAGCUCCCUCGAUGGACAGUCGCUCAUCGCCUAAUGGGCGACUAUUCACGUCUUGCGGUCAAUAGUUGGCGGAACAUCGAUGAUUUCGCCGAAUGCGCUCAUGUGAUUGGCCAACUGAGUGAGAUACAAAUUGGCGAUGGCUGUGAGUGUAGUUGCUCUGACCGAGAGGACGGAUGUAGUCCCUUUUCACUGUUCCUAGGUUCAGCACAUACAUACCAGAAAACGAAACAACCGAAAGUGGAGAUGAUUUGUGGCGUUUUUGAUAUGCUCAAUAAGGACGACAUAUCCUCGAUUGCUUUUUUUGCAAACGCAGUGAUACGAGCAGUCACAUUCGAAGCCUUGGGGAUAAGACAUACAUGUUGUGCGACAAUGCCUUACUGGAUGAAUCCUCGCGACCUGAUGUCAUAUGGUGAGGACUUUCCUAACGUUAGAGACGAGGACGAACCUCUGCUAGAAGAACUAGAAGAGCUUGUUGCUGAACAUAAGGAUCGGUUUCAUUCCCGAGGGCAAUCUCUUCCCGAUUUCCUGAGGGGCUAUUGGAAAGAACGUAUGGAUCAAAUCAACGAAGAAAAAAAGGCUAGACGCUUAACUCAAGAGGAGAGACGGGCUGUUGAAGAGCUGGGUGUGAACCUUAGCGUCGGGUCGGAAGACAUCCGCGGACGUAAAAAGAACGGUGGAAUAUUGGGUCAGUCAGAUGGACGAAAUUUGGCCAUAGGAAGUAUUGAAGUACCUAGUUACCUACUUCCAAGUUGGCAAACCACAAUGCGAGUAUUGCACCUCUAGGUACUUCUAACUUUUUCUGGGGCAAUUCUGAAAAUAAUGAUGGGAACACCCGGUAUUCAAUCUCCGCGUUCGGCGAUAAAUAGUGGGAUUCGCUUUUCUUCGCUUUCGUUCGGGUAGAAAAAAGACAUUAACGGCCAUAAAUGACGGAGAAGACAUCGGAAUAGGUAUUCGGUUUAUUUUAUCGACCCAUUGGCUUCGGCGUAACCCCCAUACACACACAAGGAACCCAUUGGCGAUCAAUUAUAUCAAAAUGAUGAUGGAGUACAUAGCCGACCCACAACCGGACACCUGCUAAACACACCUACCCCUCAUCUUGAGC